UACAUGGUGACCCCAGGAGAGUGGCUUAUCCUACAGACAGCCAGGGCCACUUUUGUGGCCAGAAGGGCACCCCCAAUGAGAACAAGACUAUUUUGUUUUACUUCAACCUGCUAAGCUGUGCCAAUCCCUCUGUGAUGGUAAACCUGCAGUGCCCUACCACACAGAUCUGUGUCUCCAAGUGCCCAGAAAGAUUUUUAACCUAUCUGGAAGUGCAAUUUUGGUACACAAAAGACAAAAGCUACUGGGAAGACUACCGUCAGUUCUGCAAGACUAGUGCUAAGCCUGUGAAGUCUCUCCCACAGCUUUUACUGGAUGAUGACUGUCCAACAGCGGUUUUCCCAAGCAAACCUUUUCUUCAGAGAUGUUUCCCUGACUUCUCUUCUAGAAAUGGCAAUUUAACAAUAAGAAGUAGGAUGCUGUUUCAGGAUGGACAUGGAAGGACAAGAAGUGUUAUAGAACUCAGAGAGGCUGUAAAUCGUAUCAAUAAAAUCUUUGAGGCCAGGGCACUUGGAAUGAAAGUGUUUGAAGACUAUGCAACGACUUGGUAUUGGAUUCUCAUUGGCCUGAUUAUUGCCAUGGUCCUUAGUUGGAUGUUUUUGAUACUCAUGAGAUUCGUAGCUGGAUUCCUCUUCUGGAUUUUCAUGUUUGGUGUGCUUGGAAUUAUAGGAUAUGGAAUAUGGCACUGUUACCAGGAAUACAGCAUUCUUCAGGAACAUCCAAAUGCUACGUUAUCUAUAUAUGACAUCGGGAUUCAGACAAAUAUAAGCCUGUACUUUCAACUGAAACAAACAUGGUUCACAUUUAUGAUAAUACUCUCCACCAUUGAAGUGUGUGUCAUCCUCAUGCUGAUCUUCCUCAGGCAUCGAAUCCGUGUCGCCAUUUUCCUGCUGAAGGAAGGGAGCAAAGCCAUCGGACACAUCCCUAGCACAUUAAUUUAUCCAUUUUUAACUUUCAUUUUGCUCUCAAUCUGCAUUUCCUACUGGGCGGUGACAGCAAUUUUCUUGGCUACAUCAGGGGUACCUAUAUACAAAGUCAUAGCCCCUGAGGGGCAAUGUGCACAUGAAAAUGAAAUCUGUGACCCAGAGAUUUUUAAUACAUCUGAAAUUGCCAAAGCUUGCCCUGGGGCUCUGUGUACCUUUGCUUCCUAUGGCGGAAAGAGCUUGUACCAUCAAUACAUCCCCACCUUACAUAUAUACAAUCUAUUUGUCUUUCUCUGGCUUAUAAACUUUGUCAUUGCAUUGGGUCAGUGUGCCCUUGCUGGUGCCUUUGCUACUUAUUACUGGGCCAUGAAAAAACCUGAUGACAUCCCACCACAUCCACUCUUUACUGCAUUUGGACGAGCCAUACGAUAUCACACAGGAUCCCUAGCAUUUGGAUCUUUAAUUCUUGCAUCAAUUCAAAUGUUUAAAAUGGUCCUGCAGUACAUGGACAAACGUCUUAAACAUGCUCAAAACAAGUUUUCUAAAUUGCUACAAUGCUGCCUGAAAUGCUGUUUCUGGUGUUUGGAAAAAGUAGUAAAGUUUUUAAACAGAAAUGCCUAUAUUAUGAUUGCAAUAUAUGGCAAAAACUUCUGCAGGUCAGCAAGAGAUGCUUUCAAUUUGCUGAUGAGAAACAUUUUAAAAGUUGCAGUUACGGAUGAAGUUACAUACUUUGUAUUAUUCCUGGGGAAAAUUCUAAUUUCUGGGAGUAUGGGUAUUCUGGCCUUCCUGUUCUUCACACAUAGAAUGCCAAUGAUUGCAGCAGGACCAACAUCAUUAAAUUACUACUGGGUACCUUUGCUGACUGUCAUUCUUGGGUCUUACCUGAUUGCACAUGGGUUCUUCAGCGUCUAUGCAAUGUGUGUUGAAACAAUUUUCCUCUGCUUCUGUGAAGAUCUGGAAAGAAAUGAUGGAUCUACAGAGAAACCCUACUUCAUAACCCCUAACCUGCACGGAAUUCUGAUCAAGAAGCAACUAGUUCCCCAGAAGCAGAAAGAGUAGAAAAACUCCAAACAGUGUCACUCACUUUUAAGUAGAAGUUUUGUAAAUUAGGUCAAUUGUAAUUUGAAAAUGUUGCUUUUCAAUAAUGUGAAAUUUCAGUGUUUGUUUCUAAAAUGUCAGCACCUGAUACCAUCUGAGGUGUCAGGCAUUUGAUGACAGCAGUUUCUGUCAACUUUUAGACUGUGGUCCCAGCUGAAGAGUAAACUGUUAAUGU